GCCCUCAGUAUAACUCAGGACCAAUUUCAUAAUACGUUACCCAAAAGAUAGCAAGACAGAAAUCAUAAACUCUGUACAGAUAAAAGCCUUAUUGUCUUAGCUUGUUUUUCUCGAAACAGUAUGAGGUGAGGUGAAAACCCUUGCCUCUGAUCGUGGCUUCAAAGACAGGAGACGUGUUCCCACAAUGAGCAGAGGGGAAGAGAGAGAAAAAAAGCAUCUCUGAUCACUGUGUUGUGAGCAGUAGUGCGACGGACGUCGAACACACACGCUCGUUCAGCAACGAUGGUCUCGUUCACGGCCUUUGCUCCCGUUCUGCUGUUGUGGUCCUGCCACUUUCAGACGAGUUGGUCCAACGUGACUAUCGACUUCACAGCUGAAACAACUGAUGGGGAUUACACGCCUGAUUAUGAUAAAUAUGAAACUGUUUGUGGGAAAGACAGUAAUCGAAGCUUCCGAUCCUGGUUCAUACCCACCAUCUACAGCCUCAUCUGCUUCCUGGCUCUCCUCGGAAACUUCCUGGUCAUCCUGACCUACAUCUAUUUCAAGCGGAUUAAGACGAUGACGGAUAUCUUUCUGCUGAACCUGGCCAUAGCUGACCUUCUCUUCGCUCUGUCGCUGCCCUUCUGGGCCACCAGCGUCAUGACCGAGUGGCCGCUCGGGGAGGUUCUCUGCAAGGCCAUGUACGCCAUCUACAAGAUCACCUUCUUCAGUGGAAUGUUCCUGCUGAUGUGCAUCAGCGUGGACAGGUACUUCUCCAUCACCAAAGCUGUCUCGGCUCACCGCUGCCGCUCCAACGCCGUUCAUUAUGGACGCAUAUCUUCCUUGGUCACUUGGGUGAUAGCUGUGUUUUUCUCCUUGCCUGAGAUCAUUUACUCCAACGUCAAUUCCAACCACACCUGCGUGGUGUACAGCAACAAGCAUGAAGAUCUCCGCUUCUCUAUGCUGGUCAGCCAGAUGGUGCUGGGCUUCGUCUUGCCUGCACUCGUGAUGGUUUUCUGUUACAGCUGCAUCAUUAAGACCCUGGUGCAAGCCAGGAACUUUGAGCGUAAUAAAGCCCUCAAGGUGAUCUUCGCCGUCGUGGCCGUGUUUGUCAUCAGCCAGUUUCCGUAUAACGUGGUGAUGGGACUGAGCACGCACAACACCACCGUGUGUGACCUCGAUAACAGCCUGCUCUUCGCCAUGGACGUGACUCAAGGUAUCGCUUUCCUGCGCUGCUGCGUGAACCCCUUCCUGUACGCUUUUAUCGGAGUGAAGUUUCGCAACGAUCUGCUGAAACUGAUGAAGUUUCUGGGCUUCUCGAGUCCCAGCCAUGUCAUAUAUUUCGGUAGGAGGAAAUCCUCGGCCGGGCUUGAUACUGACACCACUUCAUUUUCCCCAUGAGCCACUGACUGUUCCUCUUUUUAGAGUAUAUUUGCUUUACUAUUUCUGUAAUAAAUAUUGUGUUUAUUCAUAAA